GAGCGGGCCGUGGGCUCUUCCGGCCUGCUCUCACCGCCUGUUGCCCUUGGUGUGGCCGCUGCGCGGGGCUCGGCGGUAGCGGGGAACGGUAACAGCAGGGGAUUUCGCGGGGGAGCGGGAGCUGCCGAGUCAUGGUGAAUUUUGCCCAAGCUGUGCGUGAUCACUGGGUUCACAUCUUCGUUCCCUUGGGAUUUGUGAUUGGAUGCUAUUGGGACAGAAAGAAUGAUGAAAAACUAUCUGCCUUCAGAAACAAGAGCUUAUUAUAUAGAAGAGAGCUGAAGCCUGGUGAAGAAGCUACAUGGAAGUAAAGGCUGCUGAUGAAAUGCAAAAUAUUUUCAUUGAAAUGUGUAGAGCUACAGAGAAGGAUACCUAUGAUUCAUCAGUGCUAGUUUAAUGUUCAAUCUUACUUUUUGGACAAUGAUUUCAUUACAUUACUAAUAUGUGUCCAGGAAUUUUAGUAGUGUGUACCUGUUGAAAAACUUUUGUCUGCAGAACUCAUACUCUGGAGCGGGGAGGAGGAAUUAUGUAAUAAAGAAAAACUAUGCAAAAAUAAUUUAUGUUGUUAC